AUGAAAAGCAAAGAUGCGGUGGCAUUCCUGAAACGCGAAUCUACGGGAAGAAGACUAGUCUGGACUGUAGUCUGGUGGGGUACACACUUUGGCUUCUUCGCCUACGGCUGGUGGUCCCAGUAUACCAACGCCAAGCUUGCGGCGCUGAACGGGCUCAAGUACUCGGUAUGGACGAGCAGAGGGGCGGGACUUGUUUUGGCGUUCGAUGGCGGGUUGAUCCUGCUUCCCGUCUUGCGAAAUGUCAUCACUGCUAUUCGACCGGCACUACAGCGCAUACUUCCAGUGGACGAGAAUUUAUGGUUCCACCGGCAAGUCGCCUACCAGCUGUUACUCUGGACGAUCAUCCAUACCACCGCCCACUAUGUCAACUUUAUCAAUGUUGAGCGUACUCAAGUCAGGAAAGAGCGGGCGGUACAGAUUCACUAUGCCCAAGCUGGGGGAAUUACAGGUCAUACAAUGCUCCUCAUCAUGUUCUUGAUGUAUACUACCGCGCACAGCUCUAUUCGGAAACAAUGCUUCGAGGCGUUCUGGUAUACCCAUCAUCUGGCCUUCUUCUUCAUGCUCGCCCUCUACACGCACGCUACCGGCUGUUUCGUCCGUGACUCUGUCGACCCCGACUACAUUCCCACGUUCCCCUUCUACUCGACCGAGCACUGCCUAGGCUAUCUCAGCUGGCGGUUCAUCAUCUGGCCCGGGAUCAUCUACUUUGGCGAGAGGGUCUACCGUCAAGUCCGAGCGGCACGCGCCACGGAGAUACAGCGGGUACUGUACCAUCCUGGCAACGUCAUGGAGAUCCGCUUCAAGAAGCCGAGUAUGAAGUACAAGGCGGGUCAGUGGUUGUUCCUCAAUGUCCCUGAUGUGUCGAGGUGGCAGUGGCAUCCUUUCACAAUCUCCUCUGCGCCAGAAGAUCCCUUCAUCUCGGUCCAUAUCCGUCAAGUCGGGGACUUCACCACGGCCCUCGGCGAGCGACUCGGCGCUACGCCCGAUCUGCACCGCCUUGAUUCUGGCAAGAAGGGUGGGCGGGGGGAGAAGAACGGGUUUGUCGAGGUCGAUAGCGGUCUAGGAGGCGAGCGCGCUGUGGAAGUAGGACCGGGGAUGGAUCGGGGCAUGCCAAAGUUGAGAAUCGACGGACCAUUUGGCGCACCAGCAGAAGACGUCUUUGCCUCAGAGGUGGCUGUGCUCGUAGCGGCAGGUAUCGGAGUGACCCCCUUUGCCAGUAUCCUCAAGCACAUUUGGUACGCUCAGCAGGCCGGCAAAAUGGGUCGACUGCGCCGAGUCGAAUUCGUCUGGACAUGCCGCGAGACGGGGUCAUUUGGGUGGAUCAAGGAUCUGCUGGAGGAGCUGGAAGAGGCUCAGCGGGGGUCAGACUUUCUGCGGAUCUCGAUCUACCUAACGCAGCGGAUGGGCUCGGAUGAAGUGCACAAUAUCGCCAUUAACGACGUCGGACAAGAAUAUGACCCACUCACCAAGCUCCGCUCGCGCACGCUAUACGGUCGACCCGACUUCCACUCAUUCUUCGCCAACCUCGCCACGUCGAUCGAUAACGGCUCUUACCUGCCUGGGAGGGAAGCGAGGCUUAAGAACCGUGUUGGGGUGUACUACUGCGGGCCGAACCCGCUCGCACGAACGGUCAGGACGGAAUGCCUCAAGAUCCAGUCGAGCACGCUAGAUGUACGGUUUGCGAAGGAGCAUUUCUGA